CAUGUGAAAGGUUGUUAACGCCUUGAGCAUCUGAGUAAGGGCGUGCAUAGAAAAUUAAGAACCAAAGUAACAAGGAUAACUAUCAAUGGCAACAUAGGAUUUAUAUUACAUCUUAUACAAAAUUUCAAAAUGCAACUCAAUGCCUUGUGUAUGCUUGUGGUUGUCUUGGCAAUAGCUGUAAAAGCCCACAUUCGCAUUGAUGAACUGGAGGUCCAUUUGGAAUCCAAUUAUAAGCCUGCAUUUAUUCGUUCUGCGGUGGAGAGCAUCCCUUUGGAUAACAACACAAAACUCCUAGUCCGUAACAGUGCAAAACCUGAGUUUGGGAACGCUUUUCUACCACUGCGGAGUGCUGUGGAGAGUAUUCCAACGCCAUAUCAGAGCAACACUUCUAAGCUAAGAAAGAACUCUGAUAUACGUUCUUUUGUACGUGAUGCUGUAGAGUCAUUGCCAAAUGAUGAAGAUGGGCUGGAACACAUGGGAUUUUCCAAAAAAUAUUAUAAUAGUGCUAGCGAUGAUGUUGAAGGUGUAGACCCGAAAAACAAAAAGUCAACACAACAUGUAAAUUUAAAUCCUUGGACCAUUUCCAAUAAGUACGCUGCUUUUAUUGCCCCCGGAAACUCAGAAGACUUUUAUCCGAUGUCAUACCGAGCCGGCUCACCGCAUCAGGAGUUGCUUAAUAUUAUGAACAUCAAACCGGUUAAGCAAACCGAUAAACUUGAUCGGUACGCAGAGCGGCAGUCUUACGGUGUAUUAGGAUACAGUAACCUGCCAUAUCAGCAGUCCUACGGGGCUUUGGGAUUGGUAAACAGGAAUGACUUUAAAGUGACUACAAAAGUUCUCUGUUACAUGUCGAACUGGGCAUUUUACCGAAGUGGUGAAGCUCAUUUUGUGCCUGAGCAGAUUGACCCUAAUCUCUGCUCUGUUAUUAUCUAUUCGUUCGCCUCCCUAGAUACCGACCACCUUACCAUUCGAGAAUUUGAUUCAUGGGUGGACUUGGAUAACCAAUACUACCGUCGGGUGACAUCGCUGGGAGUUCCUGUAUUAAUCGCCUUGGGUGGAUGGACGGAUUCUAGCGGUUCCAAGUACUCACGCUUAGUUGGUGACAAUCUUAGGCGACGGGUUUUUGUAUCCAGUGUGAGCAGCUUUUUAUUACGUCAUGGAUUCAGCGGGCUGCACCUAGACUGGAACUACCCGAAGUGCUGGCAGAGCGAUUGCUCAAGGGGACCGGCGACUGACAGGCCAAAUCUGACCAAGCUUCUUCGUGAACUGCGCACCGAGUUUCAUAGUGUAAAUCCAAAGUUUCAGUUGGGAGUGGCCAUCUCUGGCUACAAGGAAAUUAUAAUGGAGGCUUAUGAUUUUCCCGCUUUGUCAGACAUUGUAGACUAUAUGACAGUAAUGACCUAUGAUUACCACGGAGCCUGGGAAAAGAAAACGGGUCAUGUGAGUCCCCUUUACGGCUUAUCAUCGGACACGUAUCCGCAGUACAAUACGAACUAUACCAUGCAGUUACUCCUAAAAAUGGGCGCCAAAAGGGAAAAACUUGUAUUGAGCAUUCCGUUUUACGGUCAAAGUUUCACAUUGGCAAACGCGCAGCAAACUCUUGCAGGCCCAGGAGUGGCAGCCACUGGACCUGGAGAGGCCGGUGAAUUGACAAAGCAGCCAGGAAUGCUAGCUUACUACGAGAUUUGUGAGCGCCUAACAAAGUUCAAGUGGAAGAGUGAUCGGGAUUUAAACCUGACAUUCGGUCCAUUUGCUAUGCUAAACGACCAAUGGGUGGGAUAUGAUGACGUAACCAGUGUCCAAGCGAAGGCUCGAUAUGCGGCUAACAAUAACUUUGCCGGAGUGGCAGCCUGGACCGUUGACCUUGAUGACUUCCGAAACCUAUGUUGCAGUGAAUCUUAUCCUUUACUUAGGGCCAUUAACAGAGAAUUGGGUCGCUUAGACUCAAACCCGCCCACUCAUCCAAACUGUGAACGUCCUACAUUAUUGGUCCCUCCGAUACCGCCCCAAAUGACAACAAUUAGUAGCGAGGAUUCUGGAGGAUUGGUACAGAAUCACGAUCAUACAACAUCCUUGCCGAUCUGGGAGGACAGCAGUAGCCUCAUGUUCAGUACUACAAACAAUCCGAAUCCUGUAAGCACCACUGCCACAAGUACCGUUCAUUGGUGGAGUUCAUCUACAGAACGUCCACGCGAACCGACUAUGACUACGGCAAGACCCACUCAUACCACAAUCCCCGUUCCAGCAGUGAUGUACCCAGUGGCACAGGCGUCGAAUUGCAAAAGCGGCGAGUUCUACGCUGACUCAAAAAAUUGUAACGCUUACUAUCACUGCAUUAUUGCGGGAGAGUUACGGCAACAGUUUUGUCCAGGCGGUCUUCACUGGAACAACGAGGCAAAAGGAUGUGACUGGCCGUCAUCCGCCCAAUGCUCACUUAAGAUCGAUCAACACCUAAGCACUUCUUAUCCAAAACCGAUUCAAACGUCUAAAAAGCCGGAGACGACUUUGAAGCCUAAUAAGAAACCGUUAGCGACUUCCGUGCAUCAUCCCGUCAGUAACACCUCAAGCGGACCACAAUAUUUGCGUCCAACUUUUUUGGAGUGCAAUGAAGGGGAGUACUACCCCCACAGAAACUGCAGGAAAUAUUACAUCUGCGUUAAUAAAGUACUAGUACCCAGUGAAUGUGGCGGAGACUUGCAUUGGGACGGCAUCAAAAAGUUUUGUGACUGGCCUGAGAACGUACAGUGCGUUACAAGCCAAAAAUAUUUAAAAAUAAUCCAAUCGAGUAGUGCCAACGAAGAGGACCCGUGCAAUGGCGAAAAGCGAGUACCCUAUCCGGGAAACUGUUCGAAAUAUCUCUUCUGCCUAUGGAAUCGCCUACAGGCUAGUGACUGUCCACCUGGGCUGCACUAUAAUGAAGUAAUUGGGAACUGCGACUGGCCUGCAGCUGCAAAAUGCAAUCCGAAAGGAGAUGAGAGCAGCGGAGAGGCAGAGAUAAACGAUAUCUCAAAGCCUCCCAAUUUUACGCAUCCAAUGAACCCGACAGAAAACCCCGUCCCUAAACCUCUUGAUAGUUAUUACAAAGUUAUUUGCUACUUUACGAAUUGGGCGUGGUACCGCAAAGGAAUAGGUCGUUUUACUCCCGACGACAUACACACGGAUCUAUGCACUCACAUAAUUUAUGGGUUUGCAGUCUUAGACCAUUCCGAACUUAUACUACGAACACAUGAUUCUUGGGCCGACGUUGAAAACAAGUUUUAUACGAGGGUCAGCAGCCUCAAAAGCAAGGGCAUCAAGGUGAGCUUAGCACUUGGGGGAUGGAACGAUUCGCAAGGUGAUAAGUACAGUCGCCUAGUUCGAAGUCCAGUGGCCCGAGCCCGUUUUGUGCGCCACGCCCUCGAGUUCAUUGAAAAAUACGGCUUCGAGGGCCUUGACUUAGACUGGGAGUACCCCGUCUGCUGGCAAACGGAGUGCAACAAGGGGUCUGCCGAGGAAAAGGAGGGUUUUACCGCUUGGGUACAGGAGCUGUCUGUAGCGUUUCGCCCUCGAGGACUAUUGUUGUCGACUGCUGUAUCACCUAGCAGGAAAAUCAUUGAUGCCGGAUACGACAUUCCCCAGCUUUCUCGCUAUUUUGAUUGGAUCGCUAUCAUGACAUAUGAUUUCCAUGGGCAUUGGGAUAAAAAAACAGGGCAUGUGGCACCUCUGUAUCAUCAUCCCGAUGAUGACUUUGAACAUUUUAACGUGAACUCUUCCAUAAACUAUUGGAUGGAAAAAGGAGCUCCUUCACGAAAGUUAGUAAUGGGUAUUCCGCUAUACGGCCAGUCAUUUACUCUAGAAAAUAACAACAGCAGUGGCAUAAAUGCCAAAGCCCCAGGACCAGGUGUAGCCGGCGAAUUCACCAGAGCAGCUGGAUUUCUGGCUUACUAUGAGAUCUGCGAACGAGUUAAUCGUCUAGGCUGGCAGGUGGUGCAUGAUGAAUUUGGCCGCAUAGGGCCUUAUGCUUACAAGGGAACUCAGUGGGUUUCCUACGAUAGCCCAGAUAUGGUCCGGAAAAAAGCACUCCUGGCAAGAUCAUUGAACCUGGGAGGGGGAAUGGUGUGGGCCCUCGAUCUGGAUGACUUUCGUAAUCGGUGUGGAAAUGGCGUGCAUCCUUUGCUAAGUGAAAUCCACAAAGUGCUUAAGGAUCCGCCUAGUUUAUGGGAAAUGCCGCAUGACAUAGUUCCUAUCGAAUCGACUUCUAUAGAGUACCCAGGCAUUGAAGGAGAAGACCUUGAGUCUGAAGGAGAGAAUCUCGAAGUGCAGUCUAUUGAAGCGGUGAUGCAGACCAGCAAUGAAAAAGAACAUGAACUCUUAGAGCCUCUACAAGAAGAUAUAUUCGACCCAAACAACCAAAUUGAGGUGGAAAACAUAGAAGCUACUGAUUUGGCCACGAAAUUUAAGGUCGUUUGCUACUUUACCAACUGGGCUUGGUACCGGCAGAGUGGUGGUAAAUUCCUGCCGGAAGAUAUUGAUGCAGAUUUGUGCACCCACAUAAUUUAUGGCUUUGCCGUGUUGAGUCAGGAAAAACUGACGAUUCAGCCUCAUGACUCUUGGGCGGACCUAGACAACAAGUUUUAUGAGCGGAUUGUGGCUUAUCGAAAAAAAGGCGCUAAGGUAACUGUGGCAAUUGGUGGUUGGAAUGAUUCUGCAGGCGAUAAGUACUCCCGACUUGUAAAGAAUCCAGAGGCAAGAUCUCGGUUCAUUCGCAAUGUCCUGAAUUUUAUAGAAGAAUAUAAUUUCGACGGCCUGGACCUGGAUUGGGAGUAUCCCGUUUGCUGGCAAGUGGAUUGCACCAAAGGGACGGCAGACGAGAAGAAUGGAUUCACAGCUUUGGUGCGGGAACUUUUUUAUGCCUUCCAGCCCAAGGGAUUAAUUCUGUCGGCUGCCGUGUCCCCUAACAAGAAUGUCAUCGAUGCUGGAUACGACGUUGAGGAGCUUUCUCAUUACUUUUCUUGGAUAUCUGUGAUGGCCUAUGAUUACCACGGUCAGUGGGAUAAGAAGACUGGUCAUGUAGCUCCAAUGUAUGCCCACCCUGACGGAACAGUGAAUUUUAACGCCAAUUUUUCGAUGAACUACUGGAUAUCAAAGGGAGCUGAGCGGCGAAAAUUAGUAAUGGGAAUGCCUCUUUACGGCCAGUCAUUCUCUCUGGCUGAGACUACUAACCACCAAUUAAAUGCUCCCACCUAUGGCGGUGGUGAAGCUGGAGAGGCAACAAGAGCCAGAGGAUUUUUGGCAUUCUAUGAAAUAUGUUUAAAAAUUCGACAUCAUAGGUGGAACGUUGUUAAGGAUAACAAGGGUCGUAUGGGACCCUUCGCAUAUCAUGGGGAUCAGUGGGUUUCAUUCGAUGAUGUACCCAUGAUCCGGCAUAAAAGCGAGUACAUCAAGGCGAUGGGUCUAGGCGGAGCUAUGAUAUGGGCCCUAGACUUGGACGACUUCAAAAAUGUCUGCGGAUGCGAGUCAUAUCCCUUGCUUAAAGCUAUUAAUCGCGUUCUCAGAGGUUUUGGGGGUCUUCAACCAAAGUGUUGGCUUGAACAACGCAAAAGCACAAAAAAGCCAAACAUCAAUCCGCCCUUCAGGCCCACCAUAAAUGCACCACCUAGACCUAGUCUCGAUUCUGUCAAGCAAAAUUUAGCCUUAAAUUUUAUGUCCAUCAAAUGCAACAACAAAAACUAUUUGCCGCACGAACACGAUUGCACUAAGUACUAUAUAUGCGAGCAUGGAACGCACGUUGAGCGUAGCUGCCCUCUGGGACUUCAAUGGAAUAAAAACUACUGCGACUGGCCUACCAAUGUCCAAUGCUCAUUGCAAUCAGACCAGAGAAUUUUGGAGCCAUCGAUAAAUCGCCAAAGUCCUACAAGCGCCAUCACAGAGCCUUCAAUUACCAAUAACGCAUACAAAGUAGUUUGCUACUUUACGAACUGGGCAUGGUAUCGCCCGUCCCACGGCAAGUAUGUGCCUGAGGAUAUAGACGCUAACUUUUGCACCCACAUCAUAUACGGCUUCGCGGUGCUCGACAGCAACUCGUUAACCAUUAAAACGGAUGACUCCUGGACCGAUAUUGACAACCGUUUCUAUGAGCGUGUUGUAAAAUACAAGCAAAGAGGCCUUCGAGUCAUGCUAGCCAUCGGUGGAUGGAAUGACUCGAUAGGCAGCAAGUACGCACGCCUUGUACUCGAUCCACAGUCCAGGAGGCGCUUUGUCGCGAGUGUUUUAAGUUUUUUGGAACAAUACGGGUUUGAGGGUCUGGACUUAGCCUGGGAGUUCCCGGUGUGCUGGCAAGUGGACUGUGACAAAGGUAAUCCCGCGGAAAAGGAAGGAUUUGUUGCUCUUGUCAAGGAACUGUCGCAAGCCUUUAAGGAAAAAGGCCUUAUUCUUUCGGCAGCAGUCUCGCCCAGUAAAAUGGUUAUUGAUACCGGAUACAACGUGUCUGAGCUCUCUCCACACUUUGACUGGGUGGCCGUCAUGACGUACGACUUUCACGGGCACUGGGUUAUGCGGACUGGCCAAGCAUCCCCGCUCUUUCACAAAGUGGGUGACGACGCAAACUUAUAUCUUAAUGGAAACUUCAGCAUCCACUACUGGUUGGAACGAGGUAUUCCACGGGAAAAGCUGAUUAUGGGAAUGCCAAUGUACGGUCAGACGUUCACGCUGGCUGACCAAAACCGCCGGUCCUUAAAUGAUAAAACAGUGGGUCCUGGCAAGGCAGGAACCUUUACUAAAGCGAAUGGGUUUUUGGCAUUCUAUGAAAUCUGCGAAAAAGUCGGUAAUGGUGACUGGGAAGUGGUGAGGGAUAAAGAAGGUAUAUUCGGAUCCUAUGCAUACAGUGGCAACCAGUGGAUAUCAUACGAUGAUGUGACAACUAUUCGAAGAAAAGCUCAGUUUAUUAAGAACAUGCAGCUAGGUGGUGGCAUGAUUUGGGCUCUCGAUUUAGAUGACUUUCGUGGCCUUUGCGGUUGUGGCAAGCACCCAUUACUCCGGACUCUAAAUCAGGAGCUGCUAGGCAUUUCUAGACAAAAGGCUAAGGAUUGUACUUAAUAAUUUUUGCAAACAAGCUUGGCUUGUAAUCUAUUUUAAUUUAUUUUAUAAAACCACAUAUUUAUAAAUAAAACUUUUUAAAUAAAGAGUUUUAAAACA